GGUCACGCUUGCACCAAGCUGCAGUCAUCAUGAACUUAUUUCAGCUGGUUCGUGACCACUGGGUUCACAUACUUGUUCCCGAGGGCUUUAUCGCUGGAUGUUAUCUAGACAAGAGGGUUGAUGAAAAGCUGACUGCCUUCUGGAUUAAGAGCAUGCUUUUUCAAAGGGAACUGAGGUCCAAUGAGGAAGUUACUUGGAAGUAAAGACUGGUUAAAUCACUGAAUGAUCACAUCUUAAAAGUUGUAAAAGAAAUAAAAAUGAUUUAGAUGAAAAAAAA